AUGGCGUCUCAACUGCUGCCCCUUGAGCUUAUCGACAAGUGUGUCGGCUCUCGUAUUUGGGUUGUCAUGAAGGGUGAUAAAGAAUUCUCCGGCACUCUGCUGGGAUUUGAUGACUACGUCAACAUGGUUCUUGAAGACGUGACUGAAUUUGACUACACCGGUGCGCAAAUCAAAUUGCCCAAGCUUCUGCUGAACGGUAACAACGUUUGCAUGUUGAUCCCUGGUGGCGAGGGGCCCGGUAGCGCAUAA